ACGGCGCAGGCACCGGCCCGGGGAGCUGCACCAUGAGCGGAUCACAGAACAAUGACAAAAGACAAUUUCUGCUGGAGCGACUGCUGGAUGCAGUGAAACAGUGCCAGAUCCGCUUUGGAGGGAGAAAGGAGAUCGCCUCAGAUUCUGACAGCAGGGUAACCUGUCUGUGUGCCCAGUUCGAAGCUGUCCUGCAGCAUGGCUUGAAGAGGAGUCGAGGGUUAGCGCUCACCGCGGCAGCGAUCAAACAGGCGGCAGGCUUCCCCAGCAAAACUGAAACAGAGCCCGUGUUCUGGUACUACGUGAAGGAGGUGCUCAGCAAGCACGAGCUGCAGCGCUUCUACUCCCUGCGCCACAUCUCCUCCGACGUGGGCCGAGGCCGCGCCUGGCUGCGCUGUGCCCUCAACGAACACUCCCUGGAGCGCUACCUGCACAUGCUCCUGGCCGACCGCUGCAGGCUCAGCGCUUUUUAUGAAGACUGGUCUUUCGUGAUGGAUGAAGAAAGGUCUAGCAUGCUUCCUACCAUGGCAGCUGGUCUGAACUCCAUCCUCUUCGCAAUUAACAUUGACAACAAGGAUUUAAAUGGGCAGAGUAAGUUUGCCCCCACCGUCUCGGACCUCUUGAAGGAGUCAACGCAGAACGUGACCUCCUUGCUGAAGGAAUCCACGCAAGGAGUGAGCAGCCUUUUCAGGGAGAUCACAGCCUCCUCUGCAGUCUCCAUCCUCAUCAAACCCGAACAGGAGACCGACCCCCUGCCCGUCGUGUCCAAGAACGUCAGUGCCGAUGCCAAAUGUAAAAAGGAGCGGAAGAAGAAGAAGAAGGUGACCAACAUCAUUUCAUUUGAUGAUGAGGAAGAUGAGCAGAACUCUGGGGAUGUUUUUAAAAAGGUACCUGGAGCAGGCGAGAGCUCGGAGGAGAACUCUGACCGCUCCUCUGUCAAUAUCAUGUCGGCCUUCGAGAGCCCCUUCGGGCCAAAUUCCAACGGAAGUCAGAGCAGUAACUCAUGGAAAAUCGAUUCUCUGUCUUUGAACGGGGAGUGUGGGUACCAGAAGCUCGAUGUGAAAAGCAUCGACGAUGAAGAUGUGGAUGAAAACGAAGAUGACGUGUAUGGGAACUCGUCGGGGAGGAAGCGCGUGGGCCAUUCAGAGUCGCCUGAGAAGCCGCUGGACGGGAACACCUGCCUCUCCCAGAUGCACGGCUGGGCUCCGCUGCAUGUGCUGCAUGGUGACGCUGACAUCCUCUUCCCCGUCAGUGGAGUGGGCUCCUACAGCCCAGCAGAUGCUGCCCUCGGAAGCCUGGAGAACGGGACGGGACCAGAGGACCACGCUCUUCCGGAGUCCGGGCUUCGGUACAGCGUGGAAGCAAGUUCUCCAGGCCAAGGAAGUCCCCUGAGCAGCCUGUUACCUUCUGCCUCGGUGCCAGAGUCGAUGACAAUUAAUGAACUGCGACAAGCCAUCGUGGCCAUGAUGAAUAGGAAGGAUGAGAUGGAAGAAGAGAACAGAUCACUGCGGAACCUGCUGGACGGUGAGAUGGAGCACUCGGCCGCGCUCCGGCAAGAGGUCGACACCUUGAAAAAGAAGGUGGCCGAGCAGGAGGAGCGGCACGGCACGAAGGUCCAGGCGUUGGCAAGAGAAAACGAGGUGCUCAAAGUCCAGCUGAAGAAAUACGUAGGAGCUGUCCAGAUGCUGAAAAGAGAAGGUCAAACAGCUGAAGUUGUGCCAAAUCUUUGGAGUGUUGAUGGAGAAGUUACAGUAACCGAACAGAAGCCAGGAGAAGUUGCCGAAGAGCUAGCCAGCUCCUACGAAAGGAAGCUCAUCGAGGUGGCGGAGAUGCACGGCGAGCUGAUCGAGUUCAACGAGCGCCUGCACAGGGCCCUGGUGGCCAAGGAGGCCCUCGUGUCCCAGAUGAGGCAGGAGCUCAUCGAUCUCCGGGGGCCGGUGCCUGGAGAUUUGAGUCAAACAUCUGAAGACCAGAGUUUGUCGGAUUUUGAAAUAUCAAACCGGGCGCUCAUCAACGUCUGGAUCCCCUCGGUGUUUCUCCGGGGCAAAGCGGCGAAUGCAUUCCACGUGUAUCAGGUCUACAUCCGGAUCAAAGAUGAUGAAUGGAACGUCUAUCGGCGGUAUACGGAGUUCAGGAGUUUGCACCACAAGUUACAAAACAAGUACCCUCAAGUGAGGGCCUACAACUUCCCACCCAAGAAGGCCAUCGGAAACAAGGAUGCCAAGUUCGUAGAGGAACGAAGAAAGCAGCUCCAGAAUUACCUGCGCAGUAUCAUGAACAAAGUCAUCCAGAUGGUCCCCGAGUUCGCUGCCAACCCCAAGAAAGAGACUCUGAUCCAGCUGAUGCCCUUCUUUGUUGACCUUACCCCUCCCGGAGAGCCACUGAACAAGAACAGCCGGCCCAAAGCAGCUUCCCGCUUCCCCAAGCUGUCCCGAGGGCAACCCAGGGAGACUCGCAACGUGGAGCCCCAGAGCGGUGACCUCUGACCUCGAUGGAACCCCAGACGCGGGCCCUUCAUGUGGCGCCAGCUGCUUCCACCCCUCCAUGGUGUCUGGCCCCUCCCACCUCAGAAUGACGACCACGCCCAGUGAACCCCAGAGAGCACACCUGUCACACGACACCCCAAUUAAACUGAGUCCCAGAGCUGCCGUGCUUCCUGUCCUCAGAGCAAG